AUGGAUGUCCAUCCCGCUGGUGAAGCUCGCCUGCGCCGUGCCGAUGUUUCAACAAAAUCGAUAGCCUCCCAAAUCGUCGACACCGCCGGCCAGAGCGCCAAGAAGUUGGAAUCCAAACUGCUUCUCUGCUGGGAUGAACUCCCACACUGGCGCCGCGACAACGCCUUCAUCGUGACUGGCUAUCGGCAGGUCAAGCCUUCUUACUCACAUACACUCUUCUCACUCCUCCACUUGCACAAUGAGUCUGUCAACAUCUGGUCUCAUCUUAUUGGGGCGAUCCUCGCUAUUAGCAGCGGUACCUAUCUCUAUCAGGUCAUCCACCCACGAUACGAGUCAGCCUCCUCGUCGGACAUUAUUGUCUUCGCCUGUUUCUUUGGAGGGGCUAUCUUGUGCCUGGGCAUGAGCGCAACGUUCCAUGCGCUCUUGUGCCAUAGCGAGGAGGUUGCUCGCUGGGGGAACAAGUUGGACUACUCUGGCAUUGUGGCUUUGAUCGUCGGUAGCUAUGUACCGGCCCUCUACUAUGGUUUUUUCUGUCAGCCUGCGCUGAUGACCCCGUAUCUAUGUUUGAUCGUCCUUCUUGGCAUAGGCUGCGGCAUUGUGUCCUGGGUUGACAAGUUUCGAAAGCCAGAACUGCGGGUAUUCCGUGCUUCCAUGUUUGUCGGCCUUGGUGUCUCCGGUGUCAUUCCGGUGGUACACGGGAUCAUCAUCGAUGGCUACCAAGCUCUCGAAGACCGGAUGAGUAUUAGUUUGGUCAUUUUCCAUGGGGCCCUUUAUAUCUUUGGCGCCGUCUUGUAUGCGUCUCGGUGGCCUGAACGUAGCUUCCCUGGAGCAUUCGAUAUCUGGGGAAGUUCUCACCAGAUCUUCCACUGCUGCGUCGUGUUGGCUGCCGCAACUCAUCUGUACGGGAUGGCUCGGGCGUUCGACUACCAUCAUACAAUUAUGGGAUCCCAAUGCUUGAUAGAUUAG